AGUGUCUGUCUCCAGCCGUAUUAUUAUUUGUCGUGCCAUCGAAGUCUUAACACAGGAUCCGUUUUUCUUUGCCUUUUUCUGUAGUUGCGUACUACCUUUUGAGUGCCAGAAGUUGAGACAAUGGCGAAUACAACAAAAUGAAGCGCGCACAGCAAAAAGGCAACGCAACUUCGGAGGGUCACCCGUUGAAAAAACAGAGCAAGAACACAACGGAGCCAGGACAAACCAGUAGCAGUAGCAUGCCAUCCUCUCGGCACGAGACGCAUCGAAGUCCGACAUCGCAUAGUUUGCGACCAGGCACAACUCGAAAAUGGCGCUCGGGCAAUUCAAAGUACAUUAUGGUAUUUGUAUCCCAUUGUCAGAAGUAGAGGAAGUGUCUUCUGUACAAGGGAAAUACUUAAUUUUUCAUCUCGUAGCUGCAGUCAUCAGACAUGAUCAUGAUCUGGAAGUUAGACGAGGCAAAGUAAGUGAGCUCUAGCCCCCUAGGAAGUUCUUUACAAAUACCCAGACUCAAGAAGUAGAUGUGAGGUGCUCACAACCUUCAUGUAUGAGCUAUUGUAGCAACCUUUAAUGCUGCGGAGAUUCGACCACUUGGCGAAAAUUCACCUACGCUUCACGUGCUCUUCACAAGUCACGCUGGAGAUGCCACCUCGUUCGUUGAAGAGUACUGGGGACCUUCACCUGCUGUUGUCGGGCUCGACAUCGAGUACCGACCGACUUUUCAAAAGGGUAUGCCUCCGAACCCGGUCUCCAUUUUACAAUUAGGCGCGCCUGUGGCAAAGGACAAGACUGCGAGUGCUAAAAAAGGAUCGCUGGAGGAUUUAGCAGGAAAAUGUGCAAAUACAGAUCCGGCUGACGCCGACCAAAAGCCUUUCCUGGAGCCGGGUGCUGCUUAUGCGGUUUUGAUCUAUGAUUGUUUGCCGAUGAGGAAAAAGAGCAGCGGUGGCACUGGCAGAGAAGAGAGUGAUAUCAUGGCUGAUUAUGCAAAGAAAUGUAAGGAAUACAACUACGUGCAAAAGCCGGUGAAACCAUCUACUUCCGCAAAGAUUGCGAGCGAGCAUACGUCGCCGCUGCCCCCAGCUUUAGCAGAACUUCUGGCGGGCCUAAGUUACAAGGUUGGCAUGGGUGUCCGUGCAGACGCACAGAAAUUGGCAAAGGAUUAUCCUGGCAUCAAAGUGCACAAUCUAGUAGAUUUCACCCAAAAGGCCUGGACAGAGCACUUGAAGCUGGGUGGUGGACUCAGCGGACUAGCGAGUCGUGUACUUCAAUUGCCCGUGCCCAAGGGCAAAAAUGUUACGAUGAGUAAUUGGAGCCAGCGCCCGCUCAGUGCGAAGCAGUUGGAGUAUGCUGCAGUAGAUGCUUUUUGCUCUUGCGCAGUCGCAGAAUUUUUUAUCCAAACGGCGGGCCCGAUAGAAGACCACUGGGUUCUCGACGCAUCCAUAUUGUAAGGAUUGGAUGAUGAUUUUUCCUAAUUACUUCAGCGAGUUUUUGAAACAUUUGUUCUUUAUGAGCCACGCGUUGGAACUAGAACUUGAAUUUCUAUCGUGCCCCAUUUCUUUGUGUUUACAGU